GAUAAAAGGACGCGGUCUGGCAACCCUGCUCCCUUCUUGGCAAAAGCACGCCUGACGCUGCUGGAAGCCAAAGCGCCUUUGCUGCUGCAGAAGCGAAACAUCCAGCUGACCAUGGCGGGGAAGAGAGCCCUGGUGAUCCUGUCCAAAGGCGCGGAGGAGAUGGAGACCGUGAUCCCCGUGGACAUCAUGCGCAGAGCCGGGAUCUCGGUGACUGUCGCAGGGCUGACGGGGAAAGAUCCAGUCCAGUGCAGCAGAAAUGUGGUCAUCUGCCCUGAUGCUAGUCUGGAGGAGGCCAGCAAACAGGGCCCUUAUGACGUGGUGCUUCUGCCAGGGGGAAUGCCAGGGGCCCAGAAUCUGGCAGAGUCUCCUGCUGUGAAGGAGGUGUUAAAGGACCAAGAUGGCAGAAAAGGCCUGAUAGCAGCCAUCUGUGCAGGUCCGACCGCUCUCCUGGCUCAUGGCAUCGGGUACGGCAGCACAGUCACCACACAUCCUGGCAUGAAGGAGAAGAUGAUGGCUGGAGACCACUAUAAAUAUUCAGAGGCUCGAGUGCAGAAGGAUGGGCAUUACAUCACCAGCCGUGGGCCAGGAACCAGUUUUGAGUUUGCCCUGACGAUCGUAGAGGAACUUAUGGGGGCUGAGGUUGCAGCUCAAGUCAAGGCUCCUCUUAUUAUGAAAGACUGACUGUAACCACGUUUGCUCAUCACUCUGGAGAAACUGGCAUUUUUCUUUUUUUCUUUGCACACCCUGAUUUCAUGCCUGCAAACAAAAGGGAAUCUGUCACUGGAUAAUUAUCACAAAGUACUUCCACAUUAGAUUUAACAGAAUUUCUCUGUGUGGUUUAUGGCUUCCUCAUUAUCUUGACAGCUUUCAUUGCGCAACCUUUGUCAUUAAAAAGCACACGUGUGAAAAAG